AUCACCCGGUGGAUGUCCUUUUAACAUCUGUCCACUGGUUUGGUAACGACCAGAAACAUGGCAGCUUCACCGACUGUUGUUUCCCAAGAUCAAGCUGCAAAUGCAGCAUCCCAAGGACCGAUCCCGUUUGAUAUUUCUAAACCCCCAAUCAUAGAAGGCUUUACUCCUUUGCCACGACACAGGGAGGAAGGAUUCAAGGACAAAUUCAUUAGAAAAACCAAGGAAAACCCCUUCGUCCCUAUUGGCUGCCUGGGAACAGCUGGUGCACUGAUCUAUGGUCUACGCGCGUUCAAAAUGGGCAAGACCCGGCAAUCCCAACUCUCUAUGAGGAUGCGUAUCUUUGCCCAAGGAUUCACCGUUGUCGCUAUUAUUGUAGGAGUUGCAAGCACAGCAUUGAAGCCAAAGCAGUGAGUGGAAGCCUCACUCGUGUUGUGGUAUUUCCCUGCACCGGAGUGGUUGGAUGAACUGCAAUUGGAAACAAAAUCAUGUAUUAUUAUUAUACUUUUAAUUACCUUAAAGGCCAUUCACAACAAUUGUGUCAUCCUUGGCACACGGCACAGUUGACAUAUACUAUGUAUUUAAAAAGAAUGUUCAGUGGUGUUUCAUACCACAGCAAUAUAAUUAAAACAAUGGCAAGGUGCUUGCCAUACUGUUAUAACUGUCUGUUUUCGUUUGAAUGUGAUUGUCACUCUGUGUGUAUUGACAUGUAUUGACUGUCUUGUGUGUACAUCAGAAUGUUUGGUACUGUGUUCAAGAGGGCAGAGGUCCAUGUCCUCUCUUUUAAACGAUUGUCUGAACACUUAACCAUUGAUGGAGGCACUUCACAGAUGUAAGCUAAGGACUAAGAAUAAUUUGUUCAUAUAUGUAUUUCAUUGCUUGUAACAUUUCCAUGCUUGUAAGUACUAGUUUCAGUCAGCACACCAUGACUAAUUCACAGCAUUCACCAAGGGACUGUGUAUUUUAUAAGAAAUGACACAAACAAUUAGCUUGACCAAUGUUUUAUUGAAGAACUUCAGUUUAGAAGAAAUAUCAAGUGCUGUAACAUUCUUUCAACCGCAUCUGAAUGCUAACCUUACGUGGGAAAAAUUUGCAGGCACUAUGCACAUGUGUGGCUCCAUCCUUGUAUAAAAGAACUGGUAAGAACAGAAGCCAGUAUAGCAUAAUUAUGGGAUGACAAAGGCCUCAUUUAGACAUUCCCUGUGGUGCCGUCAUGCAUGUAAGUUUAGCAAGUCUUUGGCAGUCAAUGAGCAGAACAACUUGUGCAAACCAUCUUCUGUUAGAAUAUCUGACUCUCAAGUUAAGUUCCAGAAGGCCUCAGUAUAGUGUCCUGGUAUUGAACAGUAUUACUGCUUAAGUGGAGUGAUGUACACUGUAAUAGAAGUGACACCCUGGCUGCCUUCAUAACCUUCUAACAUACAGGUGGUAAAGUUACAGUGAAACAACAUGACCUAUACAAUUCAAUAGAUGCCUCAUAUUGACCUGAUAAUAAAGAUGUAAAAGUAA